AUGGGCAGCACACCUGAGAAUCCGGGCAAGAACUGGUUCAAAAACUUUGAUUACAACGAAGGUGAAAAUUCACUGGGAGACGUUCAAAACAUUUUGUUAGUGGCAGUGGCACUGAUCGCUGCCGUGACCUUUCAAGCUGGGGUGUCCCCCCCUGGUGGUGUUUGGCAGGAUGAUGAAAAUGGUCACAUUGCAGGAAGGGCAAUUUAUGCUUCUCAGAAAGAAGCCUUCUUUAUUUUCUUGAUUUCUAACACACUGGCUCUUUCCACAUCCACCCUUAUCCUUGUGUACCUCACUCUCAGGCUGCCUUUUCGUUUUGAAGUUUGGGUGGCCAUUGCUUCGAUGAUGUCAACUUAUGUAUCUGCAGUUUUUGCCGUUACUCCGGAAGAAUCGACAAGUUUUCGCUAUGUCUUGCUUGCAGCUGUUGUGCCUUUUGCAGUAAGAUGUCUGAUAUGGGUUUUCAACAAGUUGAGAAGGGGUCAAAAUGGUUUUAAGUAG